UCUUACCUCCCAUAUACCAUCCUUCUGAAGGGUGAAGUUGGCCCAAACCAAGGAAUCUCAGAGGAAGGAGCCAGACCAUGGCUAGUCAGAUGGUAUGGCCCUGGGUUGUAGGGCCUGGACCAGAGUUAGAAGGGGCCACAUGUGAUCUGAUGGACCCAAGUCCUCUCCAGGACACACUGGAGCUCUCAGAAGGCCAGGGAAGGACCAAGCCCAGUGAGGUGACUUCCAAAGGGACUGCCACCCAGAUCUCCGCAGGUCCUGCCGUGCUCCAGGAGCCCUGCUUCCCAGACAUCUACGGCGGGGACAAGCAGCUCUGGGAGGCGCACUUCCGUGGCAUCAGGAGCGCCUACCGCGUGCUGGGCAAGGAGGACGACUUUGCCAUCCGCGUGCUGACCGAGGACUUCACGCUGCCUUUCCCGUUCGCCUGGCCUUCUGAGCCCGACCCUGCCGGCGGGCAGCUCUUCUACGACCCGCAAGACCGCCAGGGCUUCGACUUCCUGCUGCGCGGCCCCGGCGCCCAGCCACCCGCGCUACUGCAGCCCCUGCACGCUACAGCGCAGGCGGCCUCGCGCAAGAGGCACCUGGAGCAGCUGGCACGCAGCUACGCGCGCGCAGGCGCCGGCCAAUCUGGCCUGGUGCUGCUGCCGCCGCCCGGCCCCGCUGCAGCCUUCUCUGGCCCCAGGCCAGCUGCCCCGGCCCGCGAGAGUGAAUAAAGGCUCCAUUUCUCUA